AUGGGCGUCCAGGGAUUGACCAGCUUUAUGGAGAAGAAUGGAAACAUUUUAAAAGAUGUUCACCUCAGAAACAGCAAGCUGAUCAUAGAUGGUAGUAAUCUGUACAACUUGCUUUAUUUUAAACCACGUUUGGAUCAGAAUCAUGGAGGGGAUUAUGAUGCUUUUGAGGGUCAGGUCUGCAAGUUCUUUAAGGCUCUGAAAGACUGCGGCAUUGACCCUUAUGUCAUUUUAGAUGGGGGCUCUGACUACACCGACAAAAAGUUUGAAACUCUCAAAGAACGAGCUCAAUCAAGGAUCAACACAGCCAACAGCUUGUCGAUGGGGCAUCAGGUGAGUGGUGUACUACCAAUCCUCAUCAAACAUGUCUUCAAACAGGUCCUCUCCAGCCUGAAGGUGCCUUUCGCAGAGUGCAUUUGUGAGGCAGACCAAGAAAUAGCCUCCCUGGCUCAAAGGUGGAACUGUCCAGUGCUGUCCAAUGACAGUGACUUUUAUAUCUUUGACAUCCAGUCAGGAUGUCUGCCCAUCUCCCAUUUUCACUGGGAGAAAGUGUCUAUGUACCGUGGGAGCUCUAUAAAAUACAUUCCCUGCAAGCUCUACACCACAACAAGCUUCUGCAGACACUUCAACAUCAACAGACAGGUUCUCCCAGUCUUCGCCGCUGUGGCAGGAAAUGACUACAUCAACUUGCGUAACAUGGGCGUUUCCCUCAGGUGGGAAGAAUACUCGUCGAUGGAAGGAAGGUUUGCCCGCUUCGACGGCUUGCUGAAUUGGCUGGCCCGCUUCCAGGGGCAGAAGGAGGCCUUGGACUCUGUGCUCAGGCUUAUCUUUCAUGGUAACAACAGACAGAAAAUGGAUGCUGCCUGCCAGGGCCUCUCCCUGGGCAUAGAAGAGUACCAUCUUCCCCCUGGUUGCCUGGAGCGGUUCUUCAACGAUGGAGUGGGACCAGGCCUAGGCCGUCUCGCAGAGCCUCUGAGGGUCCUUCCAGACUGGACCCUGCUGCCGUUGAUGAAAGGUACUCUUCCCUCCACCAUGGUGGAUGUGCUGCUGCUGAGGAGGGUGAUGCACAGUGUUCAGGUGGAAGAUCCCCGCUUGCCUAGUGGGAACAACACCUCACGGCCCAUACGCCAGGUACUCUACGGGCUGCUGCUGGGUGGGAGGAGGACAGACCACAGCAGUCAGAGACCCCCAGUGGAUGACGUGGAGGAGUAUUACAGGGAAGGCAAUAACCUGACCAGCAGCAUGGUUGAAGCCAUCCUGCCCAGUACUGCAGAACAGCUGCAGCUAGACACUCUGGAUCAGGUAUGUAUACAUGUCUAUGAUAUAGUAUACAGUACAUUCAAACAUACUGCUGUUGAUUCUCAAAUUGAUUCUCAUUCUCUUGCUCUGUUCCUUAGGCUCCAAGGUCAGUGCAGCUUGAGGUGUUUUUGGAGACACUUGGUGUGUCCCAGUCCACUUUGAGCGGUGUCCCGCCUCAUUUGCGUCUUCCUGUGGCUGUCACCUGCUACUGGCUGAGGCACGCCCAUCCCCCAAUAGACCUGCCUCUCCUGCAGGCCCUGCUACUAGGAUUGGUGUACGGAGAGCUCUGCAGACAGAGGAGGAGCCAAAGAGGUAUGGCCCAGAGCAUGAACAAGAAAACACACAAUUUACAAUUGAUAAAUAUUGAAGUGUGAGAAGUGCAGCCACUGACUCCUCCCUUUUUUGUGUAACAGGGUUUCUGGAGGGACCAGUGUUGGAGAGGCUGAGAGGGCUGAUUCAGAGAGGUGCAAGGAGCCUAGACCUGGGUGUGGCCCACGCCUACAGCCAAUGGCAGUGCUGCCUGAAAGAAAGCCUUUACCUGAACCAACUGCUGUGCCUCCCGCUAGCCGAGCCUCAGUGUGCCUGGUAAGGUGUCCCUUCCUAAAUCAACCCUUGCCCCUAAACCUAGACCAGUGGUAUUCAUUCACAUUGUAUUCUAGCCCAACAGAAACACAGCUAAUUCAACCAUAUUUUGUUUCCCUGGUGGUGUCUAGGCUGUACAAGGGCACUCUGGUGCACCAGCUUGUGACCAAACUGAGAGGGGGGUUAACCCCAGAUUCUCUCCUGAUGGGAGGCCCUUGCUCUGGGCAGCUGUAUAGGGCCAUGCUGGGAGCCAUACUCAACUCCCAUGAUGCUCAUGAGGCUGCUGUCAUCCCCUUGGUGUCUGGGCCACAGCGGGCCACACCUCCAUCCUUGUCACAGCCACUGGACGACCUGACAUUCCGUCUACACAUUCUGGCUCUGGAAGAAGAUGAUGAUGAUGGUGCUGCAGGAGGGAGGAAGGUCAUGCCAGAGGACGAUCUGGGUUGGACUUUGGUCACAGUGCAGACCCGCCACAAGAAAAAGGACAGAUUCAACCGAGCUCGGAAUCCAGAAUUCUCCCGGAAGCAGGGGCGGAUCGGCUGGGAGUAA